AUGACAGCCGGAGCUGAGGAGCACGAGCCCCUAAUAUCUUCCUCAGUGGAUAUUCAGCGAGUUACAUACAAUAAUUCGCCUCAGGAUGGGAGCACACCGAGUGGAUCUCCUCGAACCAGCGGUGGGGAAGUUACCCUGGCAAUACCACAAAGUCGUAACUAUGGUGCAAUUGGCGGAACGGAGAAAGUCACAUACACCUGGGCUGACGUCAAUGCUUUCGCCACCGAGUCGAGAUCUAGGAAUAGAAAGUUCUGGAAAUUCUGGAGAAGCUCCUCCGACCGUAUGUUUCAGCAAAGGAAACAGUUGUUGAGAAACGUAAAUGGUGCAGCGUACCCCGGAGAGUUAUUAGCAAUCAUGGGCUCAUCGGGCGCCGGAAAGACAACGCUCCUCAACACGUUAACGUUCAGAACACCAAGCGGCGUGGUUUCCAGUGGAACACGGGCGCUUAAUGGACAACCCGCAACCCCUGAAGCACUGACUGCGCUCUCUGCGUACGUGCAGCAACAGGACCUAUUUAUUGGAACGUUGACAGUGCGCGAGCAUCUGAUUUUCCAGGCAUUGGUGCGUAUGGAUCGCCACAUACCUUAUGCACAGCGUAUGCGAAGAGUUCAAGAGGUAAUUCAAGAGUUGGCGCUAUCGAAAUGUCAGAACACGGUGAUCGGCAUACCAGGGCGAUUGAAGGGCAUAUCAGGUGGAGAGAUGAAGAGACUUUCGUUCGCCAGUGAGGUGCUCACCGACCCGCCCCUUAUGUUUUGCGACGAGCCCACUUCUGGCCUCGACUCCUUUAUGGCCCAAAACGUCAUUCAGGUACUGAGCGGACUGGCAAAAAAGGGCAAGACAGUAGUGUGUACAAUACAUCAACCGUCAUCGGAGCUGUACGCCAUGUUUGACAAACUGUUGAUCAUGGCGGAUGGUAGAGUCGCCUUCCUCGGUUCACCUGACCAGGCCAGUGAGUUCUUUGAAGAGCUCGGAGCUGCAUGUCCUGCAAACUACAAUCCUGCUGACCACUAUAUCCAACUUCUUGCUGGCGUACCAGGCAGAGAGGAUACGACCAAACACACCAUUGACACAGUAUGCACAGCCUUUGCCAAGUCCGAAAUGGGUUGUAAGAUUGCUUCCGAAGCCGAGAACGCCUUAUUCCUUGAGCGUAAGAUAUCUGGCGGGUGGGUGGAGGCGCCGUGGGCGCGCGUGGCGGCGCUGCGCGCGCGGCGCUCGCCGUACAAGGCGGGCUGGUGCGCGCAGUUCCGCGCCGUGCUCUGGCGCUCCUGGCUCUCCGUCACCAAGGAGCCCAUGCUCAUCAAAGUGCGCUUCCUGCAGACCAUCAUGGUGGCAAUUUUGAUCGGAGUGAUAUACUUCGGCCAACAUUUGGACCAGGACGGCGUUAUGAAUAUCAACGGGGCAAUUUUCAUGUUUCUCACGAACAUGACCUUCCAAAACAUCUUCGCUGUUAUUAACGUGUUCUGCUCGGAGCUGCCGAUCUUCAUUCGCGAACACCACUCGGGCAUGUACCGCGCGGACGUGUACUUUUUGUCCAAGACGCUGGCGGAGGCGCCGGUGUUCGCCACCAUCCCGUUGGUGUUCACCACCAUAGCCUACUAUAUGAUUGGCCUCAACCCGGCGCCCGCGAGGUUCUUCAUCGCGUCGGGGCUCGCUGCCUUGGUCACCAAUGUCGCUACCUCGUUUGGUUAUUUGAUAUCCUGUGCAAGCAGUAGCGUCAGCAUGGCGGCCUCGGUCGGGCCUCCGGUCAUCAUUCCCUUCAUGCUGUUCGGUGGCUUCUUCCUCAAUACGGGGUCGGUGCCGCCGUACCUAAGCUGGAUAUCGUACCUGUCGUGGUUCCGGUACGGCAACGAGGCACUGCUGGUGAACCAGUGGGUCGGCAUUGACUCCAUCGACUGCACGCGCGAGAACUACACCUGCCCCGCUUCCGGGCAGGUCGUGCUACAGACUCUCAGUUUCUCAGAGAAAGACUUCACGAUGGACAUUGUAAACAUGGUGCUACUCUUUAUUGGGUUCAGAUUCCUCGCGUACCUCGCCCUCCUGCUCCGGACGCGGCGUGGAAAAUAA